UCGGGCCUCCUCUGCCGCUCUCUCCACUGCAGCGCAGGGUCAGGUGUGCGGGCGGGAGGAGGCGCGGGCGCCGCCGGCGGUCGCUGGGAGGCUUGAGAUCAUGGGAGAGAAGUGGUUGCUGUGUUUGUUACUAGUCCUUGGAAUUGCUGUCAUUCGGGCUCAUGAGGGCCAUGACGAUGAUGUGAUUGAUAUUGAGGAUGACCUCGAUGAUGUCAUUGAAGAGGUAGAAGACUCAAAAACGAAACCAGAGACCAGCACUCCUCAGUCUCCAAAGGUCACCUACAAAGCUCCAGUUCCAACAGGGGAAGUGUAUUUUGCUGAUUCCUUUGACAGAGGAACUCUGUCUGGGUGGAUUUUAUCCAAAGCCAAGAAAGAUGAUACUGAUGAUGAAAUUGCCAAAUAUGAUGGAAAAUGGGAGGUAGAUGAAAUGAAGGAAACAAAGCUUCCAGGUGACAAAGGACUCGUAUUGAUGUCUCGGGCCAAGCAUCAUGCCAUCUCUGCUAAACUGAACAAGCCCUUCCUGUUUGAUACCAAGCCUCUCAUUGUUCAGUAUGAAGUUAAUUUCCAAAAUGGAAUAGAAUGUGGUGGUGCCUAUGUGAAACUGCUUUCCAAAAGCCCAGAUCUCAACUUGGACCAGUUCCAUGACAAGACCCCUUAUACAAUCAUGUUUGGUCCCGAUAAAUGUGGAGAAGACUAUAAAUUGCACUUCAUCUUCCGUCACAAAAACCCCAAAACGGGUGUAUACGAAGAAAAGCACGCUAAGAGGCCAGAUGCAGAUCUGAAGACCUAUUUUACUGAUAAGAAAACACACCUUUAUACAUUAAUCUUGAAUCCAGAUAAUAGUUUUGAAAUAUUAGUGGACCAAUCUCUUGUGAACAGUGGAAAUCUCCUAAAUGACAUGACUCCUCCUGUAAAUCCUUCACGUGAAAUUGAGGACCCAGAAGACCGGAAACCUGAGGAUUGGGAUGAAAGACCAAAAAUACCAGAUCCUGAUGCUGUCAAACCAGAUGACUGGGAUGAAGAUGCCCCUGCUAAAAUUCCCGAUGAAGAAGCCACAAAGCCGGAAGGCUGGUUAGAUGAUGAGCCCGAAUAUGUAGCUGAUCCAGAUGCGGAAAAGCCAGAGGAUUGGGAUGAAGAUAUGGAUGGAGAAUGGGAGGCUCCUCAGAUUGCCAACCCUAAGUGUGAGUCGGCCCCUGGGUGUGGCGUCUGGCAGCGACCUAUGAUUGAUAACCCUAAUUAUAAGGGCAAAUGGAAGCCCCCCAUGAUUGACAACCCUAACUACCAGGGAAUCUGGAAACCCAGGAAAAUACCAAAUCCAGAUUUCUUUGAAGAUCUAGAACCUUUCAAAAUGACUCCUUUUAGUGCUAUUGGUUUGGAACUGUGGUCCAUGACCUCAGACAUUUUCUUUGACAACUUUAUCAUUUGUGGUGAUCGAAGAGUAGUUGAUGAUUGGGCCAGUGAUGGAUGGGGUCUGAAGAAAGCUGCUGAUGGAGCUGCUGAGCCAGGUGUAGUGGGGCAGAUGCUGGAGGCAGCUGAGGAGCGCCCAUGGCUCUGGGUGGUCUACGUCUUGACUGUAGCGCUGCCUGUGUUUCUCGUAAUCCUCUUCUGCUGUUCUGGAAAGAAACAGCCCAGCCCUGUGGAGUACAAGAAGACGGAUGCUCCUCAGCCCGAUGUGAAGGAGGAGGAGGAAGAGAAGGAGGAAGAAAGGGACAAGGCGGAUGAGGAGGACAGCGAAGAGAAACUGGAAGAGAAGCAAAAAAGUGAUGCUGAAGAAGAUGGUGACGCUGUCAGUCAAGAGGUUGAAGAUAGGAAACCUAAAGCAGAGGAGGAUGAAAUUUUGAACAGAUCACCAAGAAACAGAAAGCCGAGAAGAGAGUGAACUAUCUUAAGAACUUGAUCUGUGAUUUCCUCUCCCUUCCCUUCCCCUGCAAAUGUGGUCCUAGGAGAGAACCUGGCACACCUUAGGUUGAAACUCAAAACCUCCAGAUGUCACCUUCAGCAAGUUUCCGUCGAACACUAGCCCGUGUAAUUUUAAAUAUCUAGCAGUAAAUAAUUGCAGUUGUGACAAACAGGACCCUGUUUUUGUAGAAAGAAAGCAUUUAACAAUGGUUGUAAAAUGUAACAUGAAGCAACUAACUUGUAUUUUUUUUUAAACAUCUUUGUUUUUUUAAAAUAGAUAGAACUUGCCAGUCUUUAAAAUCUUGGCUUAAUUUAAUAUAUUAAUGUGUCCAUGCAGGAAUAACACCAACUUUUGGAAAUGCUAGGGGGCGAAUUCCAGUUUUUAUAACCCAUUUUGUUUGAGUUUGGUAUUACAAAACAUUCAAGUGUCUCUGUCCCUUAAAAUUGAUGAUCAUGUUUAAAUUGUGUUGUUUGUGGUUAUAAUCUUGUAUUGCUUACUUCCAUUACUCAAUUUCUACUAAGGAAAUUGAGGAGAGUGAUUGGAUGGAAGCCCAAAUUUAUAUAAAGGUUCUGUUUAAAUUGUAUUAAAAAUGGACAUAUAAAAAGAAAAAAACUUUUCACUUGAUGUUGGUUAGACCAUAAAGUGUGUGUGUGUUCUGUUGUCCUUGGAACAGCUCAGUUCACAGACAGCUUUGCAGUUAGCGGAGGAGGUGGCAUUCGGGCCUUUGUACUCUACAGACCAGGCAUGUCUGGGUUGCAGCCUUCUUGAGCAGGUGGCUUUUUAAGGACCGCUACCAAGACAUAUGAGCUCCAGAGUAGAUGCAGGUGUUUUCAUCCCAUCUUCCACUCUGUUGACACUGUUUUCCCUUCCUGUUUCCCCAGAUUCCUAGCUUUCUCCUCUGCUAUGCAUUUUCUUCACAGUGCAGCUUGCUGUCCGUUGCUGAAAAUGAUUGUAAGCUCUGCAUAGUGUUAAGCUUUAUUGUGAUUGUCUAUGUUUCUUCCUUUUUUAAGCAGACCUGCACCUUUCCAGGGUCAGAGUACAGAAUAGAUUGCUAUCUUUUUUUUUUUUUUUAAUCCAUUUCUUUCACUCGGUGUAAAGACUAGAAGUCUAAUCCAGAUGUGAGCCAAUUCAGAAUUGACUGUAAUUGAACACAGGCUAAAAAGUAUUGAUGGGAGGAGUGACAUAGAGCAUGAGUUAUCCAGUUUUUGUAGCUGCUAAACCUUUUAAGUUUUCAUUUGCAGUUCACGUAACAGUUCUGUCUUAAAUAACAUGAUAAAGCAGUCCUGUUAAAAAUAAUUUUUUUUUUUAGUAUGUGGAUUGUAGAAUAUUUUAAUAAGUGAUGUUAGGUUUGUUUUUCAUAUGGAAUGCAGAUGGGUGCUAUCAGAGUCUCUCCUCCAUCACAGUAUAAUAAUCUCACUAUUACACCACACUGAAGUGUAUUCAAAAUUAGAUGUUCUUUUAGCUUUAUUCUUUCUUCAGAGGUGUUUCAAAUAUACCGAUGAUACUGUUCCUUGCACUGAAUAUAUAAACGCUCCAGAGUGUUUAUAUUGGGGAGAUAUUGGGGAGGAAGUAUAUUUGUAAAAGAUGAAGGCUGUGUCUGUUUAUUUUGUUUAUCUUCAAUUUUUUACCAGCUCACUUAAGUUCUUAGGAGGGUGGGAUGCAUUUUUCUUGCUGUCCAGUGCUUUAUUCUUUUCAUCUGUUGUUCUGUGGUCACAGUGACCUUAGCUAUGUAGCACACUUUCCCAAAUGUAUUGAGUGCAAAUAAACAGUUACUUAGCAAGACCUGAAAAUAUGUCUGCAGGUUUCUCCUUUGAAGCAAAUGCGUGGGGUCAUUGCAUUUCCAGAAAUCUGCCUUCACUCUCUGUUGAUAUUUCAUGCCUCACAGUUUCUUCUCGCUGAGCUGUGGAAUAACAAGUGUAAGUUGGUAGAGUGUUCAUUUGCCUUUCCAGGGUUAUGUGGCAAAGUUUGUUCAGAAGAAAACAAGUCUUUUCUUGGUUCUCUUUUUCACUUUUUGUUAAAGUUGCAAACUCCUGAUUAAAUGUCUGGCGCAUUAAUGAAUGACCAGCUGCAGUUUUUAGCUCUUUAAAAGGCACUUGCAUUGUGAUUUUACAUGCUGGUUAUCUGUCCCAUUGUAAAAUGCCCACUCCAUCAGAAGUGUUCCUCAGUUUCUCUUGUCCACAAUACUUUACACUUUUCUCCAGUGUCACAUUACUAAAUCGUAUUACAUUAAAGCCCUGUGUUAAG